UUUAAGAAUGAAAUACUAGGAAAGGAUUUGUGGAUGAACAUCGAAGAUACCAGAAAUAUAUCAAUUAUACGGGAGAAGCAACUAAUAAUUAAACCAGUAUGGAAGGACAUUGACGAAGAAGUAUUAGAAGAGUGGGGAU